GAAAAUCUUAACGGUAGUUUCAACUUUCCCCCACUUCGUCGAGGCGGCAAUACGCGGCGAAUCAGUUUAAUUAAAAGAGACUAGAACCUGAAAUCAAAAGCUUUAGUUGAGUAUUGAGUUUUCUCUCUCUUUUUGUCAGCUAUGGCGAAGAGGUUGCAGGUUGAAGUCCAUUAAAUGAUAUUCAGAUUCUCGCUUAGUUUUUCUUUCUGAUAUGUAUAAACAAAUGAUGAUCUGAGUUACCGAGAAUUCGUUUUCCAUUUCAUUUUCAGUUCCUUCUUCUUCUUCUUCUUCUUCCUUCGUUUUCAGUUCCUUAUACUCCGGUUGCUGAUUUCGGUUUUGAGCUCUCUGUGAUACUGGAAGCUUGAAAAGCGUUUCUAAGAAUUGUUCCAAGUGUAUCUUCCUUGAAAUUGAGAUACAUAUCCGAUUCUUAGGGUUUGAUGCACUCUUCAAACCUCUAGAGUUAUUUUCCUGAAAUUAUAUGGUGUUGGCCUGCGUUAUUGGAUUAAUAACAGGGCUUGAAAGUUCCAGGAUUGUGGAGAUUCCUCAUAGUUGAUCAAAAUAUCUCUUAGUUUCUUGGAUUGUUGGUGCUAUUGAUGUGUUAUGGAGAACACAAUUCAUUUUCAGAAGUUAUGCCAGGUGGAAACAAGGAGGAUGGUUUUGCUGAUGGCAAUAUUAGCUUCUGUUGUCAUAGUGAUUCAAUCUUUCGGCCUUCCUUAUGGAAAUGUCUUGUGGUCUCUAUUUCCUGUUGGUAAGAAUUCAGUAAUUGGGAACAGCAGCUCUCCGUCCAGAGAUUUCCCCCCCAAGCCUUCUCAAAUUGGGGACAUGACCCUAAAUGAAUCCAAUCCAGUUGAUUUAGCCACAGUUUUGCCGUUGGUGAAUAAUACAGAGGAUCUGGGUGAGAUGGGGCAAGCUGAGCAUCAAAAUGUAAAAAAAAAAAAGGAUGACAGCCUACAGAAUGAUAUCACAUUGGAGAAAGAUAUGGAUCCUGAUAAAGCUUCUCACUUUGAUGGAUAUCAAACCCCACAUAAUGAAUCUUCAUCUAGGGAAGCUUUAAAUCCAGAUAAAAGUAUUACAUUGCAGCAUGUCAAUGCUACAGGCAAUGGUUCUACACUAACAAAGCCAAGGGAACCUGAAAAUUCAUCAGGUGAUGAUGGUCGCAAAGAGGAUAAAACUUUCGUACCAGAGAAAGGUCAGAACAUGGAUACAGAUUUUGCACCCCCUUUGCCUGUGUCACCACAAGUAGUUCCGUCAGCUAACACUGCCAUGCCAAAGAGUUUGGAAUCAAAUUCGACAAAUCAUAUCACAUCUGUUGACUCCACGACUUCAGUUUCCAAACAAGAGAUUGAAGCACUCUCCAAGGAUGAAAAACCUGAGUUGUCAAAAGGUAGUCAAUCUAAUUUACACAGUACUUCUACGGAAACCAAAAAUCCUGUUGCAAAGGCACCAAAGCGUGAGAAGUCACCAACUUCAGUAGCAUCAAUAUCUGAAAUGAGCCACUUAUUGUCUCAGAGCCGUGCUACUUCCUUUGCCAUGAGACCACGAUGGUCUUCAAUACGAGACAAAGAACUUCUUUCUGCAAGAGUACAAAUUGAAAACGCUCCCAUCAUCCGGAACAAUCAAGACCUCUAUGCUCCACUUUUCCGGAACGUGUCUAUGUUUAUAAGGUCGCUUCCAGAAACAUAUGUCAGAUACCCAAAGGACCCUCUCAGAGGCCUAGGAGGCAAUCCCCCUUCCAAGAGGCCGAUCCUUGCCUUCUUUGCUGGGAAUAUGCAUGGAUAUGUCCGUCCUAUCCUGCUGCAAUACUGGGAGAACAGAGACCCUGACAUGAAAAUUUUUGGUCAGAUGGGCCACGGAUCCAAGGACAAAGUGAAGUACAUCAAUUACAUGAAGAGCAGCAAGUAUUGUAUAUGUGCCAAGGGUUAUGAGGUCAACAGUCCUAGGGUGGUUGAGGCCAUCUUCUACGAAUGCAUCCCUGUGAUUUUAUCUGACAAUUUUGUGCCUCCUUUCUUCGAUGUUUUAGAGUGGGAGUCAUUUGCUGUUUUUGUCCCAGAGAAAGAUAUUCCUAAUUUGAAGGAAAUACUGCUUUCAAUCCCAGAGGCCCGGCUCCGGCAACUGCAGCUGAGAGUGAAAAAGGUGCAAAAGCAUUUUCUUUGGCACAGUAAGCCUGUGAAGUAUGAUCUAUUUCACAUGAUACUUCACUCCAUUUGGUACAACAGAGUUUUCCAGAUCAGAGUGUGAUACAGAGAUGUGAGUAGGAAGGAACUGAAAGAA